AACCGUUGAUUGGGAUUAAGGAGAUCGAGAGAAUGAAGGCAAAUAUAAACUCAGUCUUGGAGAAGAAACUUGAAGAACUCGAGUCUCUACUUGAAGUAGUCACUUUUACCAACGAGGAUGAUCCCAAUCUUCGGAAGAUACAACUUGGAAUUUUAUUUGUGAGGACCCUUUUAACGGCUGAGAUUUCGUCCCGACGGAUGCAUGUAGAAGGAGAAGAAGACGUUGAAGAAAGGUUUCAGUGCAUAGCAAAGAGGUUAACCGAAAUAGAGGCUUCUAUCAUCAAUCAAUGGCCCGGUCACCAUGAUAAUGGUUCAUCGAUCGAACCGGAAAUGGAAAGUUUGGAAACUAACGCUGGUAUUGUCAACGAUGAUACCGGUGCGGAUUACUCGUCGGUCGGAUCCUGUCUUAACGAGUCUUGUAAAGCAGAAGAAGAGAAGAAGGAUGAUGUAGUAGAGGCUGAUGAGCAGUGGCUUAUGUUUCAAGAUGCGUUAUCGGAGGAGAUGAGAGAGAUUAAAUUUCCGGUGGUGGGCACGGUUAAGGAAGAGGUGAUGGAUAGAAAAGUUAAUGGGAAUGGGCGGGUGUGUUUUAGGGCUUUGGUUUGUUUCGGUUUUAUUGGUUUGGUUGGUUGUACGAUUAGUCUAGUUGGUUAUAUUGGUAAAAGUAAUGACACAUUUUUUCUUACCCCUACUUAG